AUGACUUCAUCACAUCUUUGGGCACCUUCGCUUGAGCCACGUACAAUAAUAAAUUCCUGGGCAUAUAAACAUGCUAUAAUAAAUGAAUGUGUUAGUAUAGGUAAAGAAGAAGACGAAUAUGAAGCACAAGUUUGUUUAAAAGCGAUAAAAGAUAGAGGAAAGAGAUUACCUAUUCCUGGAAAAUAUAGAAUUAAAGCUUGUGAAGAUGAUCCAGAUAGGGAUGGGGAUGAGGAAAUGGUUCAAGAUAAUAGCCUCAAUAAUCGCAAUAAUAGCCUCAAUUUUUACAAUAAUAAUGGUUUUAGUAAAUUAACAUUAUUAGAACCUAAAAAAUCCCAAUCAUGUUAUGGUGGCAUCUGGCAUGUUCAGAAAUAUGAAUGUGAAGAACUCAAAACAUAUGUUGCUAAUAAAAUUAAUGAUUAUGAAGUGGGUCUAUUUCAUGGAGGUUUAGCAGAAGAAAAAAAUCAAUCAUUAUCUAAAUGGAAAAAUAAAGUGACAAAAAUAAUUAUAGCAACAAAUGCAUUCGGUAUGGGAAUUAACACACCAGAUGUAAACCUUAUAAUAAACUUUAACUUUCCCUUAAGCCUUGGUCAAUAUAUUCAAGAAAGUGGAAGAGCUGGUAGAAGUGGUGCACAGGCAAGAAGUAUUAUAUUUUAUUCAAGUGAAUUAUAA